ACGCGCGCUCCGCGGCAACAGCUGUUUGUUUGACUGUGCGACAUUUCCGUCACACAUUUUAUACGCGCUUUCUAUGAAAAUACAAAGUUUCAUAUUUACUUUUUACGGUGUAUUAAAUAUAACAGGUUAACACAGGGAUAGGACUAUAUUGACACAAAAUGGCAUGGGGUCUACCGAAAUUGCCGGGGCUGACGUUUUCGGACCCCACCAAGACGCAGUUCCACAUGAAGAGCUCACUGCGCUUCUACCAGGGGCACCGCUUUCCCGACACUGCACUGAGAGCCCCCGGCGGCGCUGACACUGAUGUCGACAGCAAUGCUUUUGCUCUGCCUGAGGAUUCCGUCAUUUACGACCCGUCGCUGACAUACGGACGUGUGAAGCAGCCGGCGCUUCCUGCAGUGGUGCCCCAUUUCGUGCUGUACGACAAGCGUUGUCUGAACUUUACCGCCUUCUUCAAGCAGCCGGUGUACGACAACCCUGACGAGCACUUCCGAGUUCGAGUCGUCAACCUCGUCUACUUCCUCGAGGACGACAGCAUGACUGUCAUGGAGCCACAAGUUAGGAAUUCCGGAAUCUGGCAAGGGCGUUUGGUGAAAAGAGGAAAGAUACCAAAGAACGAUCUUGGUGAAUACUGGACUUGGAAAGAUUUGGACGUCGGUAAAGAUAUAUGCAUAUACGGCAAGGUGUUCCACACGGUCAGCUGUGAUCUUUACACUAAGGAAUGGCUAGAAUCUCAAGGUAUCGAAUUGUCCAAAGAAGAAGACUUGCCAGUGGAUGAAUACCAGAAGAAAGAGCGAUGGAAGUCUGUGCAGCCGCCCAGGAAGGCACCAGCACGUGGCGACCCGCUGCGGCGCUUUCUGGAAUACGAUGGAAAGGUUUUGGCAUUCAAUGUGGUGUGGGACAACCGUGACGCCGAAAAUGGGGAGCUGCAAGAAUAUAAGAUGAUGUACUUUCUUCAGGACGACACGAUCGCCGUAAAGGAAUUACACGAUCCUAGAGGAGGGAAGGACCCAUUCCCCUUACUGCUGAAGAAAACUAAACUACCAAAGAAAUGGAAAGAAAAACCAGUAUCAUUUCCAUCGACCGUCCUGGAGACGACGGAAGAGGAGGUGACCGAGUACUACGCACCGAUCGACCUCAUCGUGGGACAGACUAUUUUCGUGUUGGGUCGACGCUUUCUCAUUUUCGACUGCGAUCCUUUCACAAGAACUUAUUACAGAUCGAUGUUAAACAUAGAGCAACCGCCUCGCAUUCAGGUUCGUCACGAUACAACCAAGGAGUUUCCCAAGAGUUUCCCGCCACACAUCGGUAUUGGGGCGCCGGAGGACACGUUGCAGUCUUGCUUCGGCUUGAUACCCAAGCCGCCUCACAAAGACAUCAUCAAGUACAACCUCAAUGCUAGUAAGAAUCUUCGCUAUCUCUGCGAGCUCGACUGGAUCCAUCCGGAAGAUAAAGGUCGCCAGUUCGUGUUGUCGUACAGCUUGGCUGAUGGCAAGAUCAAGAUCGGGGAGAUCCCUCGCAGGAACUCUGGCAUUAAGGAGGGCAAGUUUCUGAAGUCCAUGCUAUUGGAGACGCCGGACUCGGAUCCUAAUUUCCCGACGUAUCUCACGCCUGACAAAUUUUAUAUAGGAGCCAUAGUCCACGUAUUCAAGCACCGCUUCAAGAUCACCGGCUGCGACCUAUUCGUGUACCGCUACAUGAGUGCCAACCCGGAAAAGUUCCCGCAGGAGGUGAUCGACAACGUGCGCAACUACCACAUGAGGGAGGGCAACCUGAAGGACGAGCUCAAGCAAGCAAUCCGGGAAGAACAAGCGGCUGAAGUGCGUGCGCAGCUGGCGAAGAUCGGGCAAGCGGCCGUGGCGGAGCCCAACGCGAUGGAGCGCUGCCUCACGGCGCUCAACGUGGUGGAGGGCAGCGCCACGCCCCCGCGCCCGCCCACGCCGCCCAUGACCACGGACGUCAUUGAGUACGACGACUCUCUACGAGUCACCAGGCAGAGCAAACCGACCUGCGAGGACGUCAUGCCGCUGAAGGGCAUCCUGAAGUCGGGCGCCGCGCGCGAGGACCACCAGAAGGUGGUGUGCUUCAGCGGGCCGGCCGCCGCGCCGCGCGCGCCGCCCGCGCGCCGCGUCUACCCGCCCGGCCAGCAGCCGCACUACGACGACUCCGAAGACUUCUGCGACAACCUCAAGGACCCGGAUUGGCGCGAGCGUGCAGAACGCCGAGCUCGGGACGAAUGCCCGUACGACAUCGGCUCCGCACAAGCUGCCGCAGUGGUCGGCGACGACGGCCCCGAGAAACCGCAGUUGCCCGGCUACCUGGGCACUUAUGGUGUUGAUUGCAAACAGACCCCCGAAUAUAUGCGUCUCGCGCCGGACGCGUACGAACGCGUGAAGAAGCUGCGACGUGAAGUGCCCCUGAUAUCGCCCGCGGCCGCGCGCAUCGCCGACUACCCUCCGUUGCCGCAGCCGGAUGUGGAGACCUGCGUCAACCCUCCGCCCGAAGAAACGGGUCCCUGCGCUCCGAAGAAGGAAGAAGAUGUGGCCUUCGCUUGCCCACAUGUCGAACCAAAAAUGCCAUGCUGUGACCCGGAAAAGAGAGACAAGUAACAUGGUAUAUUUAAAUAGUGAUGUUUUUGUUAAAUUCUUUUUUAAUAAAAUAUUUAUUUUCUCAUGUUGAGAUUUUUUCUGCCAUUUUCUUCAUUCACUUCGUAAUUUUUCGAGUUUAGAAUCUGCGGCCUAAUUCUGUUAUUUGUUAACCAAAACGAAUCAUUUUUGGUUACAGUUGCGUUAGUAAUACACUGAUAGAGUAAUACCGAAUAACAAUGCCCGACGCACUGAUAUUCAUUUGACUAUAUUAAAUCUGACCAGUAACUUAUCUUGGCCGAUCAAAUCUAUUUGUUGUUGUCUAUCUAUCUAUGUGUUGAGUAUGUUACGCCUAAAUACCCAAAUGCUUAUACCCAGAUAUCUAUGUGAUAUGGGCAAUAUAUUAAUAUUUACUCUGUAACAAAAAAUCAUAAAAGUAAACCUGCUUGCAUUCAAGGCAAUAGCUAAUUGCUAACACUUAUCUUGGACUUCGCCUGCAGCUGGCAUUAUUUCAC